AGGAGGAGGAAGCGACUCCCGCACGGACGGACGGACGGACCAUGGCGACCUCCGGAGCCCUGUUCCCCAGCCUGGUGCCCGGCGCGCGGGGCACGUCCAACAAGUACCUGGUGGAGUUCCGGGCGGGCAAGAUGUCCCUGAAGGGCACCACCGUGACGCCCGACAAGCGCAAGGGGCUCGUGUACAUCCAGCAGACCGACGACUCGCUCAUCCACUUCUGCUGGAAGGACCGCACCUCGGGCAGCGUGGAGGACGACCUGAUCAUUUUCCCCGACGACUGUGAGUUCAAGCGCGUACCCCAGUGCCCCAGCGGGAGGGUCUACGUGCUCAAGUUCAAGGCCGGCUCCAAGCGCCUCUUCUUCUGGAUGCAGGAACCCAAGACAGACCAGGACGAGGAGCACUGCCGGAAGGUCAAUGAAUAUCUGAACAACCCGCCGAUGCCUGGCGCCUUGGGGACCAGUGGGAGUGGAGGCCACGAGCUGACAGCGCUGGGCGGUGAGGGCGGCCUGCAGAGCCUGCUGGGUAACAUGAGCCACAGCCAGCUGAUGCAGCUCAUCGGGCCAGCCGGCCUCGGAGGACUGGGUGGACUGGGUGCCCUCACCGGGCCGGGCCUGGCCAGCUUGCUGGGCAGCGGAGGGCCUCCUGCCAACAGCUCCCCAUCCAGCUCCCGGACCCCGUCGGCAGCCGCCCCAUCCUCCACGGCCUCUUCCACCCGCACCACCCCCACCCCCUCCGCUCCUGCUGCUGCAGCUGCCACCAGCCCUAGCCCUGCGCCCAGCUCGGGGAAUGGAGCCAGCGCGGCCACCAGCCCCACCCAGCCCAUCCAGCUGAGCGACCUGCAGAACAUUCUAGCCACAAUGAACGUGCCAGCGGGGCCCGGGGCUGGCCAGCAAGUGGAUCUGGCAAGUGUGCUGACACCUGAGAUCAUGGCGCCCAUCCUGGCCAACGCCGACGUGCAGGAGCGCCUGCUGCCCUACCUGCCCUCCGGGGAGUCGCUGCCCCAGACGGCUGAGGAGAUCCAGAAUACGCUCACCUCCCCCCAGUUCCAGCAGGCCCUGGGCAUGUUCAGCGCGGCCUUGGCGUCAGGACAGCUGGGCCCCCUCAUGUGCCAGUUCGGCCUGCCUGCGGAAGCCGUGGAGGCGGCCAACAAGGGUGAUGUGGAAGCAUUUGCCAAAGCCAUGCAGAACGGUGCCAGUCCUGAGCCGAAGGAGGCUGAGGAGGGGAAGGACAAGAAGGACGACGAGGAGGACAUGAGCUUAGACUGAGGCGGCGGCCGGCCUGACCACACCCGCGGCUGCUUUCCCCGCAUCUCUCUCUUCCCCCACGCUCACCAAUAAACAUCUUUUCUUAUCUGCCAAA